AUGAAUUCACGUUUUAAACUGAAUGCUUCCAUGGAUCUAGAAGUCGUGGGAAAAGUAGCCAUUAUCACCGGUGCCGGCUCGGGUAUUUCCCCUAUCUUAUCUCUCUCUACCUCCCCCUCCUAUUCAAACCCUCAUAAUAAACCUACAGGUAUAAGCCUCGCACUCGCUACGCUCCUCCUCGCCAGAGGUUGCAAUGUUGUGAUUGCCGACGUAGCCCUUCAACCAGCUGCGACCCAACUCCUGCAUACCUACACGAAAGCCUCUCCUGGAGAUCCUAGCACCUCUUCCAGUUCUUCGCACCCCUCUAGCCCCUCCAUCUCUUCACAUCCACAAUGUCUCUACCACCCCACCGACGUGACCUCCUGGCCCGCCCUCACACAGCUUUUCGACUAUACCCUUUCCCACUUCCCCUCUGGGAUCGACAUACUCGUCCCAGGCGCCGGUCUCUUCGACCCCCUCUCCUCCAAUUUCUACCAUCCACCUGGCUCCCCCCUCUCCCGCGAUACCCAUCAUCUCCAUUCCCCCUCUUCCGCCGAAACCGCCAACGAAACGUUAGACUCACACUUACACUCACCUUCUGAAAUACAUGCAACACCAGGCUCGUACCACACAUUAAAUGUCAACAUUACGCAUCCCAUUCGAUUAACACAGAUGGGCAUUGAAUACUGGACGAGAGAGGGAAGAAGCGGAAGAGUUAUUUGUCUCGGGAGUGUAGCGGGACAGAUUGGCGUCAUGGAAACGCCGCUGUAUCAUGCGAGUAAAUUUGCCGUCUCGGGUUUCGUGAGGAGUUUGUGCGGGUUGGAGGAUUUGGGGAUUAGGGUUGUGGCGAUAGCGCCGGCGGUGGUGCAGUCACCCCUCUGGUCCCAUCAACCUGAUAAAAUGAGAAUGUUAACCAGCGAUCAAAAAUGGAUUGCACCGGAAACAGUCGCAGAAGCCAUGGUAGAACUGCUUACUCAGGAAAAAUAUGUGGGAGGGACAAUAUUGGAGGUGAGUGGGAGUGGGACGAGGGUUGUUAAGAUGGUUGGGGAUGAAGGACCGACGUUCGAGUCGGGAUAUAUGAUUGGGAAUCUGGAUGGGUAUAAGGAGGAGAUUUAUACAAAGUUGCGGGAGGGGAGGAUGGGCUUGUGA